AUGGAGCGAAGCCAGUCGAAGCUUAAAUUCAUCAAUCAUGCGUCAGAUACUCGGGAUCUUUUUUGUGCAAUUUCAAAAGUACCUUCUAGCAAUGAAGAGCUUUUGGCAAAGAUUCUUUGUACGUUUAUUUCAAUUAAUGCAAUGUUGCUAACCAAUUGCAUCGAGAUUCAAAAUGAUCAUUUGCCCAUUGAGACCUCGGCCAUGGAGUCUUUCUAUGUUAGCCUUGUGAAGAAUUUGGAUCACUGCGCAUCUCUGAUAUCCAAUUCAGGCAUCCGGGCUCGGUUUCUUAGUGCAUAUUUAAACGAGUUCGAUAUCAUAUCCAGUAGUGGCUUAUUUACUUACUUAUUAGCACUCAAGAACUGUCUAUGUGUUGUCAAGCUGGCAACCGAGCUGCAGCUGUUGAAUUCCAUUUGGAAGGUCUCGAUUAGAAUUUUUGUGUUGUUCAUUCAGCUGGUGGAAUCUGGAAAGAUCCACCCAGAUCCGUCAAAUCCAUACGAUCAGAUCGACCUUCUGUUUGAGCUUUUAUCAAGCAAAAUUGGCGGCGUUGUUGCAAGCAUUUGCUCGUUUGGAGCCGAUGGACCAAAUGCGGACCCUUCGUUUGAUUUCAACGUUGCCAUUGUAACACUGAAAUUCUUCAUGAUGAAUUUCUGCGCGCUUUUGAAGUACCACUCUUUCUUACUUGGAAGCCCCCUGGUGAUAUCGUUUUGUAUUCUCAUUUCGUCGAAAAUUUUGUUUUUGAGGCAGCAAUGGAACGCAACGCACGCGUUGAAAAACGCGGCUGUGGCAAAUGCUAACAUUGACCAGUUUAUAGAGUUCAUUAACUUGUUCUUUUCCAAAAUCUCGUCAAUCGACAAAUUUUCCAAGUUCAUUUCGGGGGUCAUCAAUCUUUUAAAAACAGAUGAAAUUGUUCUUUUGGCUUUCAAGGAGUUUUUAUUAAGCGAAUAUGCGGGCUCGGUCGUUUCUCUGAGCGACCCGCAGCAGUCGUCGAAUUUGUUGGACGGUAUCAUUUUGCUGAUGAAGCACAUUUACGUUUCAAGUACCGCUGCUAGCUUUUACUUUAGGAUUUUCUUUCUUCUUUGA